UUUGCUGGCCGGCAGAGGAGGCGUUGUCCCACAUUAGAGCGUCACCUUCAUUUAAUGCAGAAGCCGGCUAUCCUGUAGAAGGACAAAGGUUUCCCGGUCCUGUAACACACACUGAAUACCAGUGAAUAUAGUGAAUAUCCGAGAUUUGGCUUUGUUUUGUGCUGAAGUGCUUGUAAAUAGGGCUGUAUAAAAUGAUGAAGAACGGGCAUCAUGUGAGCAACGCUCCGGCCGCCGCAGCCUGCAGUCCGGAGAAGAGGAGGCGUACAGUCCGCGUCUGGUGCGAUGGAUGAGUUUCGCUAAUGUGACCAUGCCUCAAGAGCAAGAUACAGACACAAUCAGCCCUCCCUGCAUGCUCCAGAGGAAGAUCAAAGAUUCCUUGUCACAUCUGUCUAAUAUUCACCCUCCUUCCAUCUUCAAAAGUGUCUUCAAUGCAGCUAAGUCAACUUUUCCUGUUGUCCUCGUCGCUUGUUUAUCCAGUUAUGACAUGGUCCAUUAUGGGCAUUCCAACCAACUUCGACAAGCCAAGGCUAUGGGGGACUAUCUCAUUGUGGGAGUGCAUACUGACGAGGAGAUUUCUAAGCACAAAGGUCCUCCAGUGUUCACUCAAGCUGAGAGAUAUAAGAUGGUGCGAGCAAUCAAGUGGGUGGAUGAAAUUGUGGAAGGAGCUCCAUACGUCACCACGCUUGAGACUCUGGACAAAUAUUGCUGUGAUUUCUGUGUUCAUGGAGAUGACAUCACUCUUACUGUGGAUGGGAAAGACACAUAUGAAGAAGUGAAGAUGUCGGGUCGGUACAGAGAGUGUAAGAGAACCCAAGGUGUGUCCACUACAGACCUGGUCGGCCGCAUGCUGCUCAUGACCAAAGCUCAUCAUAGCAACAUGGGCAGUUCAGACUAUCAGCAACACACAGACAACUUUGGAAGAGGCCCUAAGGGCCACAGUCCCUGGACUGGAGUGUCACAGUUCCUGCAGACGUCCCAAAAAAUCAUCCAGUUUGCCUCAGGCAAGGAACCACAGCCUGGAGACACCAUCAUCUAUGUGGCUGGAGCUUUUGACCUAUUCCACAUUGGCCAUGUGGAUUUCCUGGAUGCAGUGUCGCAGCUUUCAGAGAAGCCAUAUGUUAUUGUGGGCUUGCACUUUGAUCAGGAGGUGAAUCGUUACAAGGGGAAAAACUAUCCAAUCAUGAACAUCCAUGAGAGGACUCUGAGUGUGCUGGCCUGUCGAUAUGUCUCUGAGGUUGUUAUAGGAGCACCGUAUGCUGUCACAAAAGACUUACUGGACCAUUUUAAGGUAGACCUGGUGUGCCAUGGAAAAACUGAAGUGUUUCCUGACAGAGAUGGAUCAGACCCAUAUGCUGUACCCAGGAAAAUGGGAAUAUUGCGAACAGUGGAUAGUGGAAACAGUCUCACCACUGAUAACAUUGUCCAGAGGAUCAUCAAAAACAGGCUGCUGUUUGAGGCGAGAAACCAGAAAAAGAGGCCAAAGAGAUGGCGGUAAUCCAGGCCAUGAAGCGACGAGAAGAAGAGAAGGCUAAAGAGAGACCACAGGCUGUGCUGUAGGAAAAAAAAAAAACAUCAUCAAAGACUAACAAAACCCAGAACGUGCAGUUGACUCUUUUCUAAUGUGUCCACAUUCUGGAUUUACAUACUCUCAGAACACCAGCAGCCAGGAGCUCCUUUUAUCGCAAAAUUAGCAUGUGUUGUUUUGGGAGCUGCGUGUCCAUAUAGACAGCAUCUACUUUUGUGAACCACUCUCGCACUCUCCA